AUGAAGGCCAAGGAUCUUGGCACGCCAAUGGUGUAUCAAGGUCGAGCUGGAACCAGCAUGCUCCCGGACCGGGAGUCUGAAGCAGUGCAACGAUUGCAGCGCAUCGAGUGGUCCUGUCGUUCUCUACAUGAUAAGGUGCAUCAGAUUCGAGCAAGUGUGUACCCAGUCGCAUUCCAUGGCACUGAGGUUGGAGUUAUUGCAACUCACCAGCUCGAUAACCUUCGUAAUCAAAUCGUGCAGGCGGUUUUCCAUAAGAUUCCAAGCAUGAAUUCGGCCAUUGCAUUCCAACUGAUUGAUGAACACCUGCUUGACCCGGCCCUUUUUGCAAUCCUUUUGUCCAUCAAGAUGGCACAACGGUUUUUGCAUAACAGCCCACCGGAGGAACGACAGAACUUCCUCACAAUUGCAGCCACGGCCAAGGGCAACACAGGCCACAUAUGGGGACCAGCCACGGCACUUAAGGCCAACUUGCUAAGAAUAGGAUGGGGCGUUAGCCGUGACGGCAUGAUAACCUCCCCUCACCUGAUCCCGCUGUCGCUGCUCCAUGACUCGUUUGCCAAAUUGCAACGCUUUGCCAAAGCCUCAUGGGAAGUGGACUUUUUCCUCCACUAUACCCAAAGGAAGAAUCUCAGGGGAUAUCCAGACAUCUCGCACCGCCUUACCACCAGAGCAUUGAAGAAAUUUCCUGGAGCCACUCACGUUCGAUUAGUCCGUGAGUUGGCAGGCGGAUUCCAGACCAAAGAACAGCAAAGCAAAUGGGACACACAAGUCUCUGGCCAGUGCGAGCUUUGCCAGUUUGAAGAUUCUCGAUACCACAGAAUUUUCGAAUGCCCAGCAACCCAAUCAGUUCGAGCUCGCUUCACAUCCGUCUGUAACUUUGAUCAACUGGUUGAAGCUGAAUGGCACGAAACAGCUGGCAUCAUGAUCCCCAGAUUGCAGGGCUUGGCUCAAGCACUAGUCCAUAACCUUCCGGAACCUGAAGUGCCCAUCUUCGUUCAGCAACAUGUCGUCCACUCCGGAACCAGAGUAGCUUUCUACACCGACGGGAGCUGCCAAUGCCCGGAACAGAUGCCAUUCUCAACAGCGGCAUCGGCUUUGAUCAUGGACUUGUGCCAGUCAGACAGUGAGCGAAUCUGGCAGGCCAACAACUGGUUGUCCACUCGCACCAUGCCACAAUCUCUUGUAAGAAUUUGGACGGCGCAGUGCCCCGGUGAGCAAUCCAUUCAUAGAGCAGAGCUUCAUGCACUGGUGAAGGCAUGUGAACAAUUGUCACAGGUUGACCUGUUCUCCGACUGCCAAAACGCUAUUGAUGCUGUGCAUAAAGCUCAAUUGGGCACACUUCGAGUGCACCCAGAUGAGGACCACCUUGACUUGCUUCGACGUCUGCAGCAGGCACCAGGCCUGCAUCAAGUUCGCGUUUGUAAGAUUAAAGCCCACCUUUCCCCUGAACUAGUGGCUGACCCUUUGCUCCGCUACCACACGCUAGGUAACCAGUUGGCCAAUGAUUGGGCUCAGCGACGCAGCUUGGAUCAGCAUGACCCGGUAAAUGCAGAGCUCCUGAUGCAAAUGCGGGACGUUCGUCAACAACGUUCAGACCUGGAUGCCUUCCUGCAAUAUGUCGCUGCGCUUCAGUUAGAACGCCAGACACAACUGGAUCUGCAGAAAUUGACAGGUGAUGAACCCAUCCCCUCCUCUGCUUUUCA